GUAGGCAUGUGCUUCCGGCAUGUGCAACUCCUUCGUCGGAAGGCAGAGCUUUGUUUUGAGUGAGGUUUGAUUGCCAAUUGCAAACAAAAAGUGGAAUAUUAUAGAAUAAAUCAAGCAAAACAUUACAAAUAACAGUGCGUCGUCGUCUUCAAGUAAAAAUGUGUCCCGUUCUAAGAAUUUCCAAUAUAAAUCACAAGCACCGGAUGGUAUUAUGCUAAAGGACCGUAUCGUACCCGUCCUUGGCUUAAAAAUGUCUUCCUUCAGCGUGGAAAGAACGAACAUUCUCGCUUGUAGCCGUAGCCAGAUUGUUGCCGACCUGAAUACUUUGACUACAUAUUGAACAGUAAAUCGGUCAACUAUCAGACGGUGCGCUGCAAAACGGGGAGCGCACUAAUUGGAUUGCGCGUUUCGUUGUUUAUCGAGCAGGACAUAAGCAUCCCUGGUCAGGUGGCGGCCCCCACCCUCAGGAUGUCAAGGAGGCUUUUCAACACAGUGGCGCAAUAGUGGUGCUCCCCUCCCAGGUUGCUCCCUUGGAUGGAAUGACCACGCUUGGCCAAACAAUCGGCAAUCAGUGGCUUCAGUUAGUGAUAGUGUUCGGAAGCGGAAACACUGCGGGUUUCGUUUUAGUGCUUUCCAAUAAGUGUCACUGGCUCCCGACAGGGCUCAGGCGUUUUCGGUAGAGAAUGUUUGCUUUCUCUUCUACGAAGAGGGUAGCACUGGUUUUGUGCCGUAGUUUGUGCUUCUUUUGUUUUCAUCUCUUGCGUGUUGCUUUUUAACUAGUAAAGCAACGUUUUAACGACCUCUUCAAGUGCCCGAUACACACACACAUACACACACACCAGCGUAUAGUGGAAUGUGCUUUUAUGCUGUGUUUUAACCAAAAGCCAACAGAACAAGUGGAAAGGGGAAUCGCGAUCGUUCCUGCCUGUUGACCAUGUACAUUAAAUCUGGCCACCGUUUUCUCAGCGAUAAAGGUCAAAUAAUUUUCCCCGGACCACCGACCCGUUCGCCUGCGCUGUACUAUCAGACGAGCACCGUGCCCGCGACCACAACCAGCACGACGACCACGAUGGCUACCCCGCCCGGAGGUGUUAGUGAUGAGAAUGGAAACUACAUAGUACCCGACAUGUGGCAGAGCAAAUCGACUACCGGAUCGGACAUGCUGUCGGAUAAGAUACAGAUGUUCUACAUCUACAUCACCGUCACGAUUACGUCCGUCUUCAUUAUAGUUGUGCUCGGGAUUUUCGGCUACAUGUGCUACAAAAGGAAAGGAUUCCAAAACAUCGAUGGCCCACAGUCGCCCAUCGAAACUACGCGGCGAAGAAGCAGCACCCACCGAUCCACUCGAAGGUACUCGCGUAACAUGUCGAAGGAGAGGGAAGCCGCCGCUUCCGCUACUACCACCGAAGACAACCCGGGACAAACGUUGCUUCGGUAAACCAGGCGAUAAUCAUGGGAAGCGAUUUUUCUAUUUGAUCAUAUUUUUACAACAGGACGGUCGCCUUUUUCGCACAGCAGUUUCGUGCGAUGUAAAUUAUCUAGUUGAGGGACAAAUUAUACUACUCUAGACGAUGCAAUAAAUUAGUGAUAUUUUACGCCAAGGA